ACAUAUAUAUCAUAAUCGAUGACUGAGAGGGGUCAAAAGCCUUGAGGAUUUGUCUACCCACAUGCUCUCCCAAACUAAAUUUCAGUUAUUCAAGUUCACUUCCCUCCAUUUCCUCUCAAAGCCACUCCACUUAUCUACCUCCUCACACUUCACCAAGAAAUCAUGCAUAUUCCUUCUCAAGAACUGCAAAUCCAUGCAACACCUCAAACAAAUCCAAACCCAGAUCCUCCGAACUGGAUUCCACCAAAGCGGCGACACCCUCAACAAGUUCAUGGUCUGCUGCACAGACCCAUCGAUUGGAAAUUUGCACUACGCGGAGAGAAUCUUCAAUUACAUUGAUAUCCCAGGUUUGUUCAUAUACAAUCUCGUGAUCAAAGCAUUUACGAAGAAUGGUAGUUUCAGGAAAGCUGUUUUGCUCUUUAGACAAUUGAGAGAGGAGGGGUUGUCUCCUGAUAAUUUUACGUACCCGUUUGUUUUUAAGGCUAUUGGAUGUUUAGGGGAGGUUCGGGAGGGUGAAAAGGUUUAUGGGUUUGUGGUGAAGAGUGGACUUGAGUUUGAUACUUACGUUUGUAACUCACUCAUGGACAUGUAUGCUGAAGUGGGUAGGGUUCAGAAUUUGAGGCAGGUGUUUGAGGAAAUGCCUCAGAGAGAUGUGGUUUCUUGGAAUGUUUUGAUUUCUGGGUAUGUGAAGUGUAGGAGAUAUGAGGAUGCGGUUGAUGUUUUUCGGCGUAUGCAACAGCAGAGUAGUUUGAGGCCUAAUGAAGCUACUGUUGUGAGCACUCUUUCAGCUUGUAUAGCGUUGAAAAUGUUGGAACUUGGGAAGGAAAUUCAUCGUUAUGUUAGAGAGCAACUUGGAUUCACUAUUAAAAUAGGGAAUGCAUUGGUAGACAUGUACUGUAAGUGUGGGCAUUUGAGUAUUGCCCGAGAAAUUUUCAAUGACAUGCCAAUCAAAACUGUGAUUUGUUGGACUAGUAUGGUGUCUGGAUAUGUAAAUUGUGGUCAGCUUGAUGAAGCCAGAGAACUCUUCGAGAGAAGUCCAGUCAGAGAUGUUGUUCUUUGGACGGCUAUGAUUAAUGGGUAUGUGCAGUUUAACCGUUUUGAUGAUGCAGUAGCCCUCUUUCGAGAGAUGCAAAUCAAAAGGGUCAGUCCUGAUCGGUUCACAUUGGUUGCUCUUCUCACUGGUUGUGCUCAGUUGGGAACUCUGGAGCAAGGGAAAUGGAUCCAUGGAUACAUAGAUGAAAAUAAAAUUAUGAUAGAUGCAGUUGUUGGUACAGCUCUCAUUGAAAUGUAUGCAAAAUGUGGGUUCAUAGAGAAAUCACUGGAGAUUUUCAAUGGUUUAAAAGAAAAGGAUACAGCUUCAUGGACCUCAAUCAUUUGUGGGCUGGCUAUGAAUGGCAAGACAAGCAAAGCACUUGAGUUAUUCGCAGAAAUGGUACAAACUGGUGUUAAACCUGAUGAUAUCACCUUCAUUGGUGUUUUAAGUGCUUGUAGUCAUGGAGGAUUGGUGGAGGAAGGUCGGAAACAUUUUAGAUCCAUGACCGCAGUUUAUCAAAUUGAGCCUAAGUUAGAACACUAUGGGUGUCUGAUUGACCUCCUUGGUCGUGCUGGGCAGUUAGAUGAAGCAGAGGAGUUGAUAGAGAAGAGUCCAAAUGUAAACAAUGAGGUUAUAGUUCCACUUUAUGGUGCUUUGCUUAGCGCUUGCAGAACCCACGGCAACGUUGAGAUGGGUGAAAGAGUGGCUAAACGGCUUGUGGGUAUUGAAUCAGGUGAUUCCAGUGUUCAUACGCUUCUUGCCAAUAUCUAUGCUUCUGCAGACAGGUGGGAAGAUGUAACGAAAGUGAGAAGAAAGAUGAAAGAUUUGGGCGUAAAGAAGGUACCUGGGUGUAGUUCAGUUGAGGUUAAUGGCAUUGUCCAUGAAUUUCUGGUUGGAGAUGCAUCUCACCCAGAAAUGAGGGAGAUUUAUUCUAUGCUGGAUAGUAUAGCUAAGCCGUUGUUGGGUUUAGAUGAAAAUGAAAUGGAGGGAGAAAUCCCAGUUCCUGUACUUUUGUGAUGAAUGGAGCUUUUUUUUGCGAAUUUUUCCAGCUCAAAUCGGAAGAUGUGGAAGAUCUGCAAUUUUUCUCGACAUCACACAUUGCUUUUGCUAUUGAAUAAGUAGGUAGAAAACAAAGAGUUUCUCAGCAGUGGAUCCAGCUAUCUAAGAAAAUUUUCUUGCAACGAGGAGAGGCCGUAAAAGGAUUUUUGCUUGAUUUUGUGGCGUUUAGGGUGCUUGUUUGAAGAUGUUGAAGAUUUUGAGAAGAGUAAGACAUUCUUCAGCUAGUUCCAACGCCUCAGCCUGAUUUUUGGAACAUUCCAAAGGUUUGGGCGCUACUUUGUGACCAACCCACACAAUCUGUAGAAGUGGCUCACAGAAAUGGAACAAAAUAUUUUGAUUCCAAUGCUGAAGCUUCAAGGAAUUGUUUGUGCAUAAAAAGAUAAGGUUAUGAUCAUCUGCAGAUAAAACCAUGAAUGAAGCUAGCAGGCUGGAGGUAUAUAUUGAAGAGGACCCUGAGACGCAGCAUGGAAGAGUCACAAUAUUAACCAGGGUAGAAUUACCAAAGACGAGGGGUGGCUGAUACUCCUGGCUGUCUGCAUUUGAUGUGAGGUCCAAGAAUGAGGAAGGGUAGAAUUACUCAAGGCAUUUGAGCUGUGGCUAAAACACUCUUUAAGGCACUCGGCCUUUGCAUUUUGUAUUUAUGAUCAUAUCUUGGUAACAUAUAUAAAAAAUCACUGAAUGCCCUUAAGUGGGAUUUUUUGGGUCCCAUUAGGCAUUAUAACAUAUACUAAUCGUCAAACUGCUCCUUGGCUAUACCUCAUACUUUACUCAUAAAAGGAAUACUACCAGCAGGCAAACAUUCUCCUCCAAGAAAACAUACACUACGAGAACUAUUAAUAUGAUAACAACAUUAUUCUAAAAUAUAAGCAGUAAAGCUAUUGUUUAUUUACUCCACUACCGAAUUGAAAAAACAAAGCUCUAAGCAUUAUGUCACUGGUCACAUAAGGAUUGCAACCUUAUCUCGUUACCAAUGUAACAUAUCUUCUAAAAUGACUCUAGAAAACUAGACCCACCAUUAUAAUGUGAUUUCCAUGCAUCAGCAUCCAGGCUCAAUAAUACAUGGCGUUGGAUCCUGUGAUGGUCACCUACAAAAUUUGGGGUAAAAGCACACCAUUCCUAGGGUUUAAUUUGGAGAAGCCUUUGAAGUCAUAACCACCAUCAUCUUAUCAACACUUUCCAUGGAUGCGGCCGGGGCGUAGUCAUAAUCCCCAUCGUCAUCAUCUCCAUCUCCUUCUGUACGCGCAGCUGGGGCGUAAUCGUAUCCAUCAUCGCCAUCAUCAUCUCCAUCUGUAUGCGUCUUCCACCAUGAGCCAAUGACCUUUUUGGAAAUGGGAAACAUUUUCUAUAUGGAGUUCUGGAACAAAGAAAGAAGAAGAGCAGAAUUGGAGGUGGGUUUCCUUUGACAGGGCUAGGACUUUGUGGAGGUUGGGGUAUUUGGGUUGAAUU